UCCACGUCAUUCCUCCCCUUCCCUAGCUGGAUCUCUGUCCCACCCCUCUCCGCCGUCCUAAUUCCUCUGUCUCUCUCACAGCCGGUAUUAGUCCUCAUAAGCUGUACCAUUUCACACCAUUGACCCUCGCCGUCGCCGUACCACUUUACCGUCCUUUUUUGACCCGACCUCUAUAUAUAUAUAUAUAUAAUAUAUACACAUAUUUAUAUACACCCAAAAUACACGCCCAUUUCGGCAUUAAUUUCCCUCUCCUUUUCUUUUUCUUUUCCUUUCGAACAAAACAUGAACUCCAUCUUAAUCUCUCUCGCCCCGCUUGCCCCUUACCUCUUUUCCUUUCUGGUGCUCCUCCUCUUCCUGGAACAGAUCUCUUACUUGAACAAGAAAAAAGGUGUUCCCGGCCCGGCCUUCGUCUUCCCGUUCCUCGGCAACGCACUCCCAUUGGUCCGUCACCCCACCAAGUUCUGGGACCUCCAGUCCGCGCUCGCCACCUCUUCCGGGCGCGGCUUCUCCGCCAACUACAUAGUCGGCAGGUUCAUUCUUUUCAUCCGCGACACCGAGCUCUCCCACAAGGUCUUCGCCAAUGUGCGCCCCGACGCCUUCCACCUGGUGGGCCACCCAUUCGGCAAAAAGCUCUUCGGCGACCACAACCUCAUUUACAUGAUGGGCCAGGACCACAAGGACCUCCGCCGUCGGCUGGCUCCCAACUUCACGCCCAGAGCGCUCUCCACCUACACCUCGCUCCAGCAGAUCAUUAUCCUCCGCCACCUCAUGCAUUGGGAGCGCCUCGCCUCCCAGAGAAAGCAUGAGCCGAUCCCGCUCAGAUUUCUCGCACGUGACAUGAAUCUGGAAACUUCGCAGACCGUCUUUGUUGGGCCCUACUUGGGCCGCGAGGGCCGCCAGAGGUUUAAUCUCGAUUACAAUUUCUUCAACGUCGGCCUCAUGAAGCUGCCCAUCGACCUGCCAGGUACGGCCUUUCGAAACGCAAGGCUCGGCGUUGACCGCCUGGUCAAGACGCUAGCGGUGUGCGCGGAACAGAGCAAAGCGAGGAUGGAGAAGGGGCGGCAACCCUCGUGCCUGAUCGAUUUCUGGAUGCAGGAGACGGUGAGGGAGCUUGCGGAUGCUGUCGCCGCUGGUUCUCCGGCGCCUGCGUACACCAACGACCUCGAGAUCGGAAGCUACCUCUUCGAUUUCCUCUUCGCGGCUCAGGACGCGUCGACCUCGUCGCUGCUCUGGGCCGUCACGCUCCUCGACUCGCAUCCGGAAGUGCUGGCGAAGGUUCGCGAGGAGGUCGAGUCGAUAUGGUCGCCGGAGUCGGAUUCUCUGAUUACCGCCGAGCAGCUCGGGCGGAUGAAGUACACGCAGGCUGUGGCGCGUGAGGUCGUGAGAUACCGAGCUCCGGCUACCAUGGUGCCUCAUAUAGCUGCGGAGGACUUCCCGUUCACGGAGACGUACACGAUCCCGAAGGGUACGAUCGUGUUCCCUUCGGUGUACGAGUCGUCGUUCCAGGGUUUCACCGAGCCGGACCGGUUCGAUCCGGACAGGUUCUCGGAAGAGCGGCAGGAGGACCGGCUUUGCAAGCGGAACUUCCUGGCAUUCGGGGCCGGGGCCCACCUGUGCGUGGGCCAGAGGUACGCCUUGAACCACCUCGUCCUCUUCAUGGCGAUGUUCGCCACGUUACUGGACUUCAAACGCCACCGAAGCGACGGCUGCGACGAGAUCGUCUACGUCCCCACCAUUUGCCCCAAAGACGAUUGCAUGGUUUUUCUCUCGAAACGGUGCGCACGGUACCCGAUCCUCUCACUGGACUGAUCAAAAGAUCUAAAAUGCCCCUUCGUACAUUAUUUUCUUUUGACUUUCUAUGCGGUUUUUGGGAAGUCAAAUGGGGUUUUUGGGUGGGAAGGGGAUGGUAAUCAUGGUAUUAUCGUUGUUUGCCACGUUGCUCGAGGGUGGAUUGGUCCAGGGAUUUCCUGUGUUUUUGUGUUGUAUUUUUUUACGAGUUGGGUGCGUACAUAGCCGAUGGACGGUUAGGAUUCUUUGGAAAAUUGUGUUGAUCCGUGAUUGGUGGAUAAUUGGGUUGGUGUGGGGAAUUAAAAAAUAAAUAAAAAAUUGUAAAUUUCUCUCUUUUUUAUA